AUGGAACUGGAGGCACUUCAGAAGAAUUUGGACGCAAAACUCAAGCUUUUGGCGUACAAGCAAGAAAAGGGAAAGGGCAUUGUGGACAAGGCAAACGCGACAACUAUUGGGAGACACCGUGACGGGUUGGUGUGUUUAGCAAAAGAAGCGGACGAGGUCAAAUUAAAGAUCGAAGAGAAGAAGAUUGCAAAGGGUGAGCAAAUGGACGAGGUAUGUGCAUGGAGCAAUGAAAUAGACAAAGUUAUUGAGGGUGUAGACGCGGAGAUCGAAUACCUUGGGAAGUGUUUGGGGGAGGUGAAGGAAAAAUCGCAAAUGGCCGAAAAAGAAAGCGAGAAAGCGACAAUCGCGAAGGAGAGAGAGGAGCAACUCGCGUUUGAAAAAGCACAAUGGGAAAUGAAGCUUGAUUACGAAAAAAAAUCAGAAGAAUUAGGUAGCAAAAAAGGGAAAGGGUUAUCAGGCGAUACCGGAAUGCACGCAAAGUUGCCAAAGCUAUCAAUAACGAAGUUUGAUGGGUCCUUCGAACAAUGGCUCUCUUUUUGGAAUAAAUUUUCCGCGGAAAUAGACGCGACGGAUCUGUCAGCAGUGACAAAGUUCGCUUAUCUAAAGGAACUCCUUGUUACAAAGGUACGAGCGGACAUAGAUGGACUCCCGUUCAAUCUUGAGGGGUACGAAAGGGCGAAGGCCAUCCUAAAAUCGGAGUACGGGAAAACGUCAGAAAUUGUAAAUGCAUAUGUAAACAACAUCAUGGGUUUGCCUACCAUCACAAGCGCCAGUCCAAAAGAAAUUAAUGAGUUUUACAAAAGGCUUCUGUUCAAUGUACAAAGCUUAGAGACGCUCGGGAAGUUACGUGAAGUCUCCGGAAAUGUGAGGGCGGUGUUAGACAAACUGAAAGGAAUAAAGGGAGACUUAGUCCGGGGACACGAAGAUUGGCGAGACUGGGAUUUCGCUAAACUGAUUCAGGCAAUUAAAGGUUGGAGAGACAUAAAUUCAGAAGGAGAAGAAAGCGAUGGUGGGAGUGUGUCCAAGAGGAAGAAUGAUCGCAACGACUGGAAUGCCCGUGUUCCGCCGCCACGCGGAAGGUCUUAUCAGGUCCAACAACAAGCAAAUGGAGGACAGAUGCGCGGAUGCGUCUAUUGCGAUGACACGAACCACACAUCCGCUAAUUGCACCAAAGUUGUCGCGGUCGGAGACCGCAAACGAAUUUUGAGCCAAAAACAGUUGUGUUUUAAUUGUACAAGUGACAAACACAGAGCAGACAGCUGUAGAAGCCGCGGGUGUCAUAACUGUCAACGCCGACAUCACACGUCAAUAUGUGAUCGCCCACCAAGCGGUCACACAACGAGGGGAAGAUUUAUGACGGCACAAAACAAAGGAACAGAGAGAGUCGUGUAUCCCGUUGUUGUCGUGGAAGUAAAUGGAAUCAAAUGCCGCGCACUCCUAGACACUGGGGCAGGCAGCUCAUACGCGUCGUCAGCUAUCCUUGAACACCUGGGAAACAAACCGCUACGAGAAGAAUUCAAGCGCAUAGAGAUGAUGCUUGGGUCAACAAACAAGGUCAUCGGAGUUCAUAGCGUGACGAUUGGCAGCCUUGAUGGAAAAUUUCGAUUGGAAACGGAAGUCACCAGAGUGGACCGUAGUACAUUGCUAUCACUUGACAACCCAGGAUAUGCUGGGAUACUGGAGAAAUAUCCCUACUUGGAUGGGGUAUACAUGGACGACAGAGACGAGAAGCCUGAGCUACCAGUCCACAUUAUCCUGGGUGCGAGCGAGUACGCGAAAAUAAAGACAGAAACCAUACCAAAGAUCGGACGUCCCGGCGAACCUGUUGCAGAGCUAACAAAGUUCGGAUGGACAAUUAUGUCACCAGGUAAAGAAGUUGACCUCUCUAAUAUGUUCUUGACCCAGACGACAGCGGCAGAUUACGAACAACUAUGCAAAUUAGAUGUUCUAGGAUUGCGUGACACACCAGGCGGAGAUCAAGCAGAUGUUUAUGAAGAAUUCAAGGAACAAUUAACACGAGGGCCAGAGGGAUGGUACGAGACGGGGCUACCCUGGAGGGGAAACCACCCUCCACUGCCCAACCACAGAGCGGGAAGCUUGAAGCGAUUGGAAAGUACCAUUCGGAAACUGGAGAAGAACGGAAUACUCCAGAAGUAUGACGCCAUAAUUAAAGACCAGCUUAACGAAGGAAUAGUGGAGCGAGUGUCAGGCCCACCAGUGGGAAAGGAGUUCUAUAUUCCACAUAAAGCAGUGGUGAGAGAAGCUGCAGAGAGUACCAAACUUCGAAUCGUGUACGACGCCUCUGCCCGAGCUUCAGAGAAGGCUCCUUCUCUCAACGAGUGCCUUCACGCGGGACCUCCGUUGCAGAACAAGCUUUGGGCUGUUCUUGUCCGUGCACGUUUCCACCCAGUCGCGUUAACAGGUGAUAUCAAGCAAGCGUUCUUACAAGUACGAAUACGGGAAGAAGACAGGGAUGCCAUGAGAUUCCACUGGAUCACGGACUUGCAAUCCAGGCGAGUGGAAACACUGAGAUUCACGAGAGCUCUGUUUGGUUUGGCCCCAUCGCCCUUUCUUCUUGGGGGAGUUAUCAAACAACACCUGGAAGCCUGUCGUACCGAGAAUCCGGACCUGGUGAGGGAAAUAGAGAAGAGUCUAUACGUCGAUGACCUUAUCAGCGGGGGACCCACCGUAAAAGCUGCCCUUGAAGUCAAAGCAGGCGUUACCCAUGUCUUUAACCAAGCCUCAUUCAAGCUGCACAAGUGGCAUUCAAAUGUUCCGGCAGUGGAGUCCCCUGGUGAUCCUCUUAGCGAAGAUACUACAUUCGCGAAAGAACAGUUGGGUGCACCUCAAGAAGGAGGGGGAUCUAUUCUCGGGCUUCCAUGGAACAAGCGACAAGAUACCAUUGAAAUAAAUUUCCCAACUGACCGCACCCAAGUGACAAAGAGAGGGAUACUAGCGAAGAUAGCAAGAGUGUAUGACCCGUUAGGGCUCGCAGCGCCUAUGACAUUGAGUGGAAAACUACUGUACCGAGACGCAUGUGAUUUGAAAGUCGGAUGGGAUGCUCAACUUCCUGGUCAACUGGGAACCAAGUGGUCAAGAUGGGAAGCACAGCUACCAGUGAGCAUUUCCGUACCCAGAGCCAUACCUCAACACUUUGAAGAGAUCAGCAACAUUGAGCUACAUUGUUUCGGCGACGCAAGCGGACAAGGCGUUUCUGCGGCAGUGUACGGUGUCAUAUCUCAACCAUCCGGUGAUAGUGUUGGGCUGAUAGCAGCCAAAGCUAGACUGGCGAAGCAAGGCCUCACCAUCCCCCGCCUCGAGUUGGUCUCCGGUCACAUGGCGACCAAUCUCAUUGUGAACGUUAAGGAAGCAUUAGAGGGUUUCCCAGUUGGAAAUAUGGUUUGCUGGUUGGACAGCAGCGUUGCGUUACAUUGGAUCAAGGGAGCAGGGAGUUACAAGCAGUUCGUAAGCAAUCGAGUGCAGAAAAUCCAGCAACACCCAGAAGUAAACUGGCGUCAUGUGGGUACAAAGGACAACCCAGCUGACCUUGGCAGUCGGAGCGGAAGCGUGGAAAAUGAAGAGCUAUGGUGGAGAGGGCCUGAGUGGCUACUAGACCGAGAGCGAUGGCCAGCCGAUAUUAAGACAACGGCCACACCAGACAGUCAGGCGGAAGCAAAAGUGAUACGGGACGUAUUCGCUGUAGCACAAGCUAAGACAGACAUCCUAGACGCCUUGCUGAUCAAGUUCAACUUAUGGAAAACCCUAAGGGUUUGUGCGUGGGUGACUCGAUUCAUACAUAACCUACGGAGCGAAAAGACGAGAAGAUCUAAGGGACCACUCACGACAGAGGAGAUCGAGAUGCAGCGACACCUGUGGCUAAAGCGAACACAGGUGAAAUUCAAGAGAGACGAGCGGUUCGAAGAUCAUCGUGUUCAGCUGAACCUACAAGAAAACGCAGACGGGUUACUGGAAUGCCGAGGGCGGAUUCAGGGAGACUAUCCCAUUUACUUGCCUGAGUCUCAUCCGUUCACGGAGAAGAUGGUGGCAGACGCACAUAUCAGGACACUCCACGGGGGAGUGAGCCUCACAAUGGCAAAGAUUCGUGAAAGGUACUGGGUUCCCAGGUUGCGUCGCCCUGCAAAAAGAGUCGUUAAAGCUUGUAACGGCUGCAAGCGGUUCCGCGCCACAGCGUUUGCGGUUCCGCCACCAGGACAGCUACCAAGGGAUCGUACCGAAGGAGAAAAUGCGUUCCAAGUAGUCGGAGUGGAUUUCGCCGGACCACUGAAGUAUAGAAAGGGGAGGAAUCAUGAAGGCAAAGCUUACAUAACGCUUUACGCCUGUAGCCUGACCAGAGGUAUUUACCUUGAGCUACUACCCAGCCUAGAAACGGGAGAAUUCCUUCGAUGCCUGAAACGGUUUAUCGCCCGACGUGGGCGGCCAGAAAAGAUUUACUCAGACAACGGGAGUACCUUCGUGGCAGCAGCUAAGUGGCUGAAACAAGUGAUGACUGACGAACGCCUCAACGAAUUCCUCUCCCGUCAAGAAAUCAAGUGGCAAUUCAACCUGAGCAGAGCGCCCUGGUGGGGAGGGCAGUUCGAGAGAAUGGUUGGAUUGGUGAAGAGAAGUCUACAGAAGACCAUUGGAAACGGGUUCCUAACGUGGACCGAGUUAGAGGAGGUUAUACUAGACGUAGAGGUUGCAGUCAACAACCGACCUUUAAGUUACGUGGAGGACGAUGUGCAGCUACCGAUCUUGACCCCCCACUCCUUGUUGUUUGGUCAACCAAAUGCACUACUCGAGUUGGAACCGCACUGCAUAGAAGACGGUGAAUUACGCAAGCGAGCAAAGUAUCUCAGACGAUGCAAGGAGGCCGUCUGGAAGCGAUGGACGGGGGAGUACUUAAAGGGGCUGCGCGAACGCCAUCGUCUAAAGAAUCCUGGAAAGCCCGAAAAUCCUAUUGUGGGCGAGGUCGUGCUGAUCAAGUCGGACGACAAGAAUCGCGGGAAAUGGAAGGUCGGGAUCGUCACGGAACUAAUCAAAGGGCGUGACGGUGUUGUCCGGGGAGCAAAGUUGCGCACAGGGACCUCACAUCUAGAGCGAGCAGUACAGCAGCUGUAUCCGUUAGAACUGUCAUGUGAUCGACCGGGAGACGGCGACAGACCUCCAACGACCGAGUUGCGCAUUGAAGCGCCAGCGUUCAGGCCUUCCCGUGAUGCAGCCGUCGCAGCAAGAUUACGUAUGGAGGAUCUUGCUCACGAUGAGGAAGGGGUUGAACUUUGA